UUUCCCGAUUCGUCUCGAGCUAAAAUACACUAAUCUCGACUUAUCUGCUAAUCGCCUGCAGAUUGCAUGGUCUUGACAUGCGGGAGAUGGCCCCGAAGCCCAGUUAAUUUAAAAUAGUAUAGCUAUUCGUUCGAUCAGUGACAAUGUCAUGACCGGCGCAGUGCUGCCGGUGCCGGCGUCACAAGCUUAUAUAUGACUGCUGUCCGUCUGCGCUCUUGUCCGUCGGGCAAACAUUGAAUUGCUUUCUCAGUCCCUUCAGUGAAAAUAAAAAUGGACAUGUACACACAUCAAUCGAUGACCCCGCGUCCGCAGCAAAACAUGCCCUACGAUCUCCGCCCACGAUCUCUACAAUGGGAUGAAGUCAUUGACAGUGACUCCAACUGCACCAUGUCGCCAACCAUGAGCAGUGCUGUGCGAUUUCCAGCAGUCCAUAUGCCCGCGCCGCAAGAGCUCUUCCUGCUUGCGCCGCAAGCAUCAGCAUACCAGGAUUCGUCCGUCGAGCUCGGCGGGUAUCCUGACAUGAAUGCCACUUCUAAUCCCAACCGCCGCCAAUCCCAAAACCGUGAAGCGCAGCGCCGAUUCCGCGAGCGGCGCGAACAAGAGCGCAUCCAACUCCGGAAGAAGAUGGAGGAGCUGCGGGCGGAGAACGACGCGCUGAGUCGGCUGCUAGGCGACGCGAAGAAUGCGAAUCUCAAGCUCGAGGUUGAUAAUGAGCGGUUAACAAAAGAGUUGGAGACGUUGCGCCGGCGGUGGCAGGAUGUGCUACGUUGUUCUAGUGGAAUGUCUUCAUCCUCGUCGUCGUCGCGGAAGGAGGUGCACGGUCUUAGGAGUUCGAUUAUGAUGCAGAUGCUGUCGCCUUCGCGGACGGUGAUGGCUAGAUUAGGGGCUUUGUCUGGGGAUAUGUGAUAUGAUUGAUUGAUGACUCUUGCAUUAAUGGAGUUUGCUUUUUUGUCACGAAUAAUUAACUGAUUUAUCUGAGUUUAGUUCGGUCUCUAGUGUGUCUCAGCAAUUGGAUCUCUACCAGAUUGCUACAGCAGCGACUGUUAUUGUCUUCUAUAUUGGAGA